AUGAGCGGUUGUUUCUUCUUGGACCACGCUGGGGAAGUUUUGCUUACUCGGAAUCAAGAUGCUUUGUCCUGGAAAUUUCUGGAUUCUUCAGAUUGUGAGAGAAGGAAUUGUUUGGGAAUUAGAAAUUCUGAGAAUCUGAAAACAGAGAUCAAAUUCUCUGAUAUUUAUGCUGUGGAGUUUGCUAACUAUGGUGUGGUGCAUAGUCCAAAGUUAGGAAUUAGGCAUGCCAAAGAAUGCCGCUUGUUAAAGACUCGAGAGAUGUAUCGGUUCACUGUGCACGGAUUUCAAAGUUCAACAAAGGAGCCUUGUCUUUGGAAACUUGCGACAUUCACUUUUGGCCAUACGGAUUUGCAGACGUGCCAGAGCUGGAUGGAUCAGUUGAAUUACUCUUUGAUCAAGGAAAUCGAAAGACCAAGACAUCUUUUGGUAUUUGUCCAUCCAAAAAGUGGCAAAGGAAAUGGCUCCAAGAUCUGGGAAACUGUUUCCAAGAUCUUCAAUCUUGCUAAAGUUAAUACAAAGGUGGUUUUGACAGAACGAGCAGGACAUGCAUUUGAUGUAAUGGCAUCUAUUCAAAACAAAGAGCUCCAUUUGUAUGAUGGAAUCAUAGCUGUUGGUGGGGAUGGUUUCUUCAACGAAAUCCUUAAUGGAUAUCUUUUGUCAAGACUCAAAGUCCCUCUUCCACCAAGUCCUUCAGAUUCCUUCAAUUCUUUUCAAAGUCGAGGUAGCUCCUCAGUUCCAGAAUCAGGAGAUGCAGUUCAUGAGACUGACCAGAAAGAACACUUUCCUCUUCUUCCUGAUUCAAACCAAGAGGUCAUGAAUUUCAGGGCAUUCAAUGGGUCAUGUGAAGGAAUUGAAGGUCCCGAUCAUCCCUUCAAUGGUGAAAGGCCUAGAUUUGGCCUCAUCCCGGCAGGUUCCACCGAUGCAAUAGUUAUAUGCACUACAGGAGCUCGUGAUCCUAUUACAUCUGCGCUGCAUAUCAUUCUAGGUAGAAAGAUCUUCCUUGAUGCAAUGCAGGUUGUGCGGUGGAAAACGGCAUCAACCUCGACGAUUGAACCUUUUAUUCGUUAUGCAGCCUCGUUUGCUGGAUACGGGUUUUAUGGUGAUGUCAUUUCAGAGAGUGAAAAAUAUCGGUGGAUGGGUCCCAAGCGCUAUGAUUAUGUUGGAACUAAAGUAUUCUUGAAGCAUAGAUCAUAUGAGGCAGAGGUGAUGUUUGAAGAAGCUGAAGCAGAGAACGCCAAAGCUUCCCCACACACGCGGAGUAAGAGAUGGCCAUUUCGAAAUACAACAAGAUCAGAGAAAAUACCAUGCCGUGCAAAAUGCAGCAUUUGUAACAGCAAGACGGAGGAUGGGAAAAUCAUAAGUACAAGACCCAAUGCAAGAUGGUGUAGAACGAGAGGGCGGUUUCUGAGUAUAGGUGCUGCGGUGAUGUCAAACCGAAAUGAAAGAGCACCUGAUGGUCUUGUCGUUGAUGCACACCUCUCAGACGGUUUCCUUCAUCUCAUACUCAUCAAAGAUUGCUCUCUUCCCAAGUACUUAUGGCACCUCACCGAGCUUGCGAAAAAAGGCGGGGAGCCUUUGAACUUCGAGUUUGUUGAAUAUCAUAAGACUAGAGCUUUCACAUUUACUUCGAUAGGGGAAGAGAGUGUGUGGAACUUGGAUGGAGAGAUCUUUGAGGCUCACCAUUUAUCAGCUCAAGUCUUGCGUGGUCUUAUACCUCUCUUCGCAUCUGGUCCUGAGUUCAGGUUUGACUACGAAGACGACCUGAAGAAAGUGCUUGACAAUAGACCCUACAAGUACUCACGCAGGAUGGUCAUCCUCCAACGGUGGAAACCAAUCAUCUCCCCAUCUUUCCCUUCCCGAAUCCCGUUCUGGAUAAUCCUAAAGGAUCUACCUCUCCACUACUGGAAGAAAGAGCUUCUCUACAGCAUAGGAAACGAAAUAGGCGACCUCAAAACGCAUGAACUCUCAGCAAUGGCGGCAAAAAUAAAAGUGGAAAUAGAUGGACUCAAACCACUCACCAAAUAA